AUGCCUUCAAACGCCUGCGACAGAUGUCACCGCCGCAAAGUCCGCUGCGACAAGAUCCAACCUCAAUGCGGGCCUUGCAAACGUGCUGAUGUCGCUUGUGAAUAUGCUGUUAGUGAACAUCAGUUGAGGAGGAGGAAUGUUCAGAAGUUGGAGAGGAGGAUUAGGGAGUUGAUGGAUUGUAAUGAGGGUUUGACGCAGCAGUUGAGACGGUCUGAGGAGGUUACCAGACGAUCUGAGGAUGUGGCUAUACGGUCUGAGGGGGCGAGGAGAUCUGAAGAUGUUGAGAGAGGUGAGGCGUCGGUACAUGAUAGUCCUGGGGAUGGAGAGGUGGCUGAGGAGGUUAUUCAGAUGAGUCUCAUCGCAGGCGGAGGCCAUCACUUCGUCGGUUCAACAAGCGGUCUUCUCCUCGCCAACCUCCUCCAAUCCCGCCCUCAACCAUCCUCAUCCUUCACCACAUCAUGGAAACCAAACUCCCUCCCCGGCCUACCCUCACCACAAACCAACUCCGGCCUCCCCCCCAAAUCCCUCGCCUCAGAACUCCUAAAAGCCUACUGCAGCCAUGACCAUCUCUGCUACCCCUUCCUCUCCACCAAAUCUCUCUACCGGUCUCUAGACGCCGUGUACGAAGACUCCAGCGCCAAAGAUCCCGUCGAUGUCUUCUUCGUCGACAUGACACUCGCGAUUGGCACGGCGCAGGUGCACAAGUUUAACUGGAAUGGUGUAUAUGAUGCUGAGACGCAUUAUAACCGUGCAAUGACGAGAUUAGCUGAUGUGCUGGCGAUAGAUGGGAUUGAGAGGUUGCAGGCGCUGCUGUUGGUGUGUCAGUAUAGAAUGGGCACGACGUCGAGUAAUACCACGACUAGUGUUUGGCAUCUCAUCGGCGUUGCGGCGAGGACGUGUCUUGAAAUGGGGCUUCAUCGAGCAGCGACUUAUGCGCUUCCGCAGACGUUGGAUGAUGCAACGAGGAAGGUUAAGGAGGAGGAGAUGGAGACGAAACGACGGUGUUUCUGGAGUCUUGCUGCGCUGGAUCGCGUGACGAGUCUUGCGCUUGGAAGGCCUUUGGCCCUGCAGCUUGAAGAUAUAGACGUUGAUCUUCCCCCUUCGUCAACGGCUGAUCAACUACCCGAAGAUAGCAGUCCUCUCUCUUCAGCGCCCUACGGAACACCUCAAUACCGCGCUGCGACUUCUGUGUUCGUGCACAUUGUUCGCUAUCGCCUCAUCUGCGGGAAGAUCAUCAACGCCCUGCAUCGCAGCGCCAAACACGUAACGUUCCCGAACACAAGCUACGAGGAGAUGCGAACAGCUCUAGCAAGGGAGCUACAAGAGUGGCAUACUGAAACAGCGAACCUACCCCUUGUUAAGAGCGACACAGCUGCUUCGCCGGCUAGUGGGUCGAGUUUUCGGUCUGGGGAGUGGUAUAGACUCUUAUACCAUAACGGUAUGCUCAUGCUCUUUCGGCCGUCCCCGUGUUUGAACGACGCAGCUGUGAAUAGCCUCGCGCUACAGAAUAUUUACGACUCUGCAAGGGAGGCUAUAAGUCUCUAUGCAAGUCUCCACCGAUCGCGAAAGUUGAAUUACUCCUGGAUAACGAUGCAUACCGUCUUCCUAGCCGGCCUAUCCUACAUCUUCGCCCUACGCCAUCACUUCUCUGGUUCUGAGCCUCAGCGCGCGAGGUUACACACAACACCCACGAUAAACCAAGUCGUCAACGACACGAGGGCUUGUUCAAAAGUGCUGUUCCCCGAGCAUAGCAAAGAUGCUCAAUUCUGGCUAUGGCCUCGGAGGGAUCUCACAUCAGGUUCCAUCUAUGUCCUAUCAUUUGUUGAAAUGACGGACUCGGUCGCCGAAGCCGAGAUGCCAGGGCCCGUACCUCCAAUCCGUAUCGGCAACGUCUCCGGCGCAACAGGCGACCAUCCCCACGCAAUGUCCCGCAUGGUCCGCUCCGGCAACGUGCACGUCAUAACAGGAGACUGGCUCUCCGAGAUGAACAUCGCCUGGAACGCAAUCACCAAGCAAGAAGUAGACCCCAACCUCGGCUACGAGAACGGGUUUUACGAGCAACUCGACGAGUGUCUCGAUGAUAUCAUGCAGCGUGACAUCCGCGUCGUAACUAACGCUGGGGCAUUGAACACUGAUGCCCUGUAUGAUAAAGUCAGAGCGCUCUGUGAGAAGAGGGGGUAUGGGGGUUUUGUUGUUGCAAAGGUGCUGGGGGAUGAUGUUUCGGAUGUUGUGAGGAGGAGGGAUGUGCAGAUUACGCAUCUGGAUCAUCCGGAGCAGACUCUUGACUCUUGGGGUUUUACGCCGUGUUGUGCGACUGCGUAUAUUGGAUGUUGGGGUAUUGUCCAAGCGCUUCGUUCUGGUGCUCGUAUCGUUAUCUGCGGUAGAUGCACCGAUGCUUCUCCUGUGAUGGGCGCCGCGGCGUGGUAUCAUGGCUGGCGAGAAGACCAGUACGAGGAGUUGGCUGGUUCGCUGCUCGCUGCUCAUCUCAUCGAGUGCGGUCCUUACGUCGUCGGUGCAAACUUCUCAGGGUUCAAGGACUUUCUGCCUGAGCUUGUGGACAUUGCAUUCCCCAUUGCAGAGAUUGAUCCAAGAGGACGGUGUACCAUUGGAAGAACUGCAGAGGGUGGAGGAAGAGUCACGAAAGAGACUGUCACCGCACAAUUACUCUACGAACUUCAGGGUCACUUGUACUUGAAUCCCGAUGUCGUCGCAGAUCUCUCGGGGGUACACGUCGAACAAGAGUCAGAAAACCGCGUCUCCGUCUCAGGAGUAAAAGGGCUCCCUCCACCCCCAACAGCAAAAGUCAUGAUUGCCGCAAAAGGCGGCUUUCAAGCUGAAGCAACAUUCUACAUCAACGGUCUCGACGUCUACGAGAAAGCAGCCAUGAUGAAGAACCAACUAGCACACAUGUUUAAAGACUCCAACUUCAGCCGUCUAAGCAUCGAGUUAUAUGGCACUCCAGCUGAGAACCCUACGUCUCAACAAGCAGGCACUGUAUCACUCCGUGUCUUCGCGCAAGCUCGUCGAAAAGAAGACAUCGAAGCGCCCAAGUUCAAAGUUCCGAUAUAUGCACUCCGCAUGCAGAGUUAUCCGGGGUACCAUAUGAAUCUUGACUUUAGGACUAUGGUGCCCAAGCCAUUCAUGGAGAUGUUUCCAGCGCUCAUGCCCGUGUCUGCGAUUGAGCAUCGCGUCGAGAUGAGUACCGGUACAUCACAUCGUAUUGAACCACCAGCAAAAACAGCAAAGUACCCUAUUGUACGACCGUCGACAGAAACGCAUGGACCGGUUGACAUGCUUACUUUCGGACCAACGGAGUGGGCACCAUUGGGAAGUGUAGUCCAUGCGAGAUCAGGCGACAAAGGCGAUAAUUCGAAUGUUGGGUUCUUUGUCAGGAAUGACGAUGAGUAUGCUUGGUUGAGGAACUUGUUGACUGUUUCGAAGCUGAAGCAGUUGUUUGGGGAUGAUUGGUUCAAGGGGGAUCCUGAGAGGAGGGUUGAGAGGGUUGAGUUUCCUGGUGUCAACGCCGUGCACUUUCGUGUUUUGGAUAACUUGAAUGGAGGGAUUGCGUCUUCAGAUCGCAUUGAUGGUCUUGGGAAAGGAAUUGGCGAGUAUUUGAGGAGUCGAUACGUUGAUGUACCAAAGGCGUUUCUUGAAAGAGGACGAAUUUAG